CAACAAACUCUAGGAAGAAGAGAAGCGUAAUUUAGGGGGUGUAUCCCUUGUUUAAGACGCUGUUAUGGCAAAGCCAAUCGCCAGAUGUUUGUGUUCCUCACUCAGAUUUUGAGACUAAGCAGAACGCCGGGUUACUACGCGGAGGCUGAUUCGCGUAUCCAAGCCACUUUUAGCCAAAGUAUAGCUACACGCGAUCUCUCUCACCCGCUUUACGCACAGGAUUACGGCUAUUUCGCGGAACUGCAACGUUUUUUCUGUCAUUCUUUAACAGGCUGAAGGAAAUGGCAAAGGAGAGAGGAUCGCGUCUGGGAGAGCGCAGAGGAAACCAGAGCUGAAUGGCAGGAUGCAAGCGACCUGAAGACGCACAAAACCCCGCAUUUCUACAGCUCACAGCCCCUUUUACGCGUUCUUUUGGUUUCCUUCCUUGCGAACGAGAGGAAUUAUCACUAAACGACCAUUUAAGGAUUUUCUUUUUUCUUCAUUUUUCAAAUUUGUAUCAUUUUCACACACAGAACUCUAGGAAUCGAGGAUGCAUUGUGGAUUAGUGUUGAUCCUCUUUACGGGAAUCUUUCUCAUCGUCAGUGCUUUCAAAAAUGACAAAUGUGGGGACAAUAUCAAAAUCAGUAGCGCAAAUUACCUCACUUCACCCGGUUAUCCGGUGUCUUACUACCCAUCUCAGAAAUGCAUAUGGGUGAUUACAGCUCCAGGACCGAACCAGAGGAUUUUGAUCAACUUCAACCCACACUUUGACCUGGAAGACAGAGAGUGCAAAUAUGACUAUGUGGAAGUGAGAGAUGGAGUGGAUGAGAGCGGGCAGCUGGUCGGGAAGUAUUGCGGGAAGAUCGCCCCCUCUCCAGUGGUCUCCUCUGGGAACCAGCUCUUCAUCAAGUUUGUGUCUGACUACGAGACUCAUGGCGCUGGCUUCUCCAUCCGCUACGAGAUCUUCAAAACGGGUCCAGAAUGUUCCAGGAACUUCACCUCCAGCAGCGGAGUCAUAAAGUCACCUGGAUUUCCAGAGAAGUACCCCAACAACCUGGACUGCACAUUCAUGAUCUUUGCUCCUAAGAUGUCGGAGAUCGUUCUGGAGUUCGAGAGCUUUGAACUGGAGCCAGACACUCAGCCACCCACUGGAGUGUUCUGCCGUUACGACCGCCUGGAGAUUUGGGACGGUUUCCCUGGAGUUGGUCCAUACAUUGGCAGAUACUGUGGACAAAAUACUCCAGGACGGAUCAUAUCCUACACUGGAAUCUUGGCUUUGACAAUCAACACUGAUAGUGCUAUUGCAAAAGAGGGAUUCUCAGCUAAUUUUACUGUGCUGGAAAGGACAGUCCCAGAUGACUUUGACUGUACCGAGCCUUUGGGUAUGGAAGCUGGGGAAAUCCAUUUUGACCAAAUCACGGCCUCAUCCCAGUACAACCCCAGCUGGUCUCCGGAACGUUCUAGACUCAACAACCCAGAGAAUGGUUGGACCCCUGCAGAGGACUCAAACAAAGAAUGGAUUCAGGUUGAUCUUGGAUUCCUGCGCUUUGUCUCGGCAAUCGGCAUACAGGGAGCCAUCUCGCAAGAGACCAGGAAGAAGUACUAUGUGAAAUCCUACAAGGUGGAUGUAAGCUCAAAUGGAGAAGACUGGAUAACUAUUAAGGAUGGCCCAAAACAGAAGAUUUUCCAAGGUAACACCAACCCUACUGAUGUAGCGAAAGCCGCGUUCCCCAAGCCCACGUUGACACGAUACCUCCGGAUCCGACCUUACUCAUGGGAGACCGGCAUCGCCCUGCGGUUCGAGGUGUAUGGAUGCAAAAUCUCAGAGUACCCAUGUUCAGGAAUGUUGGGAAUGGUCUCGGGCCUCAUCGCAGACUCCCAGAUCACAGUCUCCUCCCACACCGAGCGCACCUGGGUGUCAGAGAAUGCUCGUCUGCUGACCAGCCGUUCGGGAUGGACGUUGUUGUCACAGUCCCAGCCAUACGUGGACGAGUGGCUACAGAUAGAUUUGAGCGAGGAGAAACUGGUCAGAGGUUUGAUCAUCCAGGGAGGCAAACAUCGUGAUAACAAGGUCUUCAUGAAGAAGUUUCGGCUGGGCUACAGCAACAACGGAUCCGACUGGAAAAUGGUGAUGGAUGCUACUGGCAACAAGCCCAAGAUUUUUGAGGGGAAUUUGAACUAUGACACACCAGCAUUGAGGACGGUGGAGCCUACAUUGACACGCUUUGUUAGGGUGUACCCAGACAGAGCCACUCCUGCUGGGAUGGGACUUAGACUGGAACUCCUGGGCUGUGAAAUGGAAGUGCCUACAGUGAUUCCUACUACGCCCGCUUCCUCCACCACACCGUCAGACGAGUGUGAUGAUGACCAGGCCAACUGCCAUAGCGGAACAGGUGAUGACUACGACCAGACAGGUGGAACCGCUGCGCCAGAGACGACCACAGAGAUGACCACCAUUCCAGGUGAGAAAGCGUUCCUGUGGUUUGCCUGUGACUUCGGCUGGGCCAAUGAUCCUUCAUUCUGUGGCUGGAUGUCAGAGGACAGUGGUUUCAGGUGGCAGAUCCAGUCCAGCGGCACCCCUACUCUAAACACUGGCCCGAACAUGGACCACACUGGUGGAUCAGGGAACUUCAUCUACACACUGGCGACAGGUGCUCAGGAGACAGAAGUGGCUCGGUUAGUGAGUCCGUCAGUGUCGGGGCAGGACUCGGACCUGUGCUUGUCUUUCUGGUACCACAUGUUUGGCUCCCACAUCGGCACGCUACACAUCAAACAGCGCAGGGAGAGCAGCCAGGGCUCAGCUGAUGUCCUGCUCUGGACCGUCAGCGGUCAUCAAGGCAACCGGUGGAGGGAGGGUCGUGUUCUGAUACCCCACUCCAACAAACCCUACCAGGUGGUAAUUGAAAGCGUAGUGGAGAGGAAAAGUUGGGGAGACAUUGCCGUGGACGACAUCAAAAUCUUAGACAAUCUGAACAUGGCCGACUGCAAGGACCCAGAUGUCCCAGCAGAGCCAAUUCUACCUGAGGACAGCUUCAAUGAAAUCAUUGUGGACAUCACAGACUUCCCUGAGAUUGUGGAGAACCAUGAGAUCAGCGGAGCCGGAAACAUGCUGAAGACGUUGGACCCCAUCCUCAUCACCAUCAUCGCCAUGAGCGCGCUGGGAGUCUUCCUCGGCGCCAUCUGCGGUGUGGUUCUCUACUGCGCCUGCUCCCACAGCGGCAUGUCCGACAGGAACUUAUCCGCCCUGGAAAACUAUAACUUUGAGCUAGUGGACGGUGUCAAGUUAAAGAAGGACAAGCUCAGCUCACAGAACUCGUACUCAGAAGCGUGAGGCACCAACCAAUGAGAGGGAACCUCUCCUCAGGGAGGGCGGGGCUAAAACGGACUGCCAAUGCCAUCCGGUUGGAGGAGGACAAGGCUCUGUGGUUCAGUGAACCAAUGGGAGGACGAGGGACUGAGCCAUGCUUUUCUCAGGAGCUGCAGUGAAAGGAACCUACCAGUAGGGGACACUGUGUACAAAACAUUGAAUACAAGGAUUUAAAAGAAACAAAAAACAAAUCAAAAUGAAAAAUAAGAAUAUGUACAGAUGAUUGAAAUUAUUAUUUUAAUUUUUUAUUUUAUUGUUUUGUAUUAUUUUUAGUUGAUCAUUUUUACAAUCGGAUGCUGGUGUUGAGACCAAUAUAUAAUAAUGUUAUAAAGUAUUUAUCUUUUUUUUUUUUUUCUAGGAGGAAAAAAAAUCAUUUAUUUUUAUUUUAACAGAUUGUUUUGCGCUUUAAGGAGAUGUGUAAAAAAAUAAAAACCCAAGUGAACCAUAUAUACGACCAAGGGAAGGUAAUUACCCCAUGGUAGGGCAAAAGAUCAGGGGUGGAAUAUCAUCCAGCCCUGUUGCAUUCUGGGUAUGGUUCAGUCAGUGCCUUUGGUACAUCUUUUUUGGCCUCCUCUGUUGUUUUCAACCCUUUAGUUCUCAAAAAAGGCUGUUGGUCGAAUCUGCAAAACAAAACCCGGUGAAUUCAUAGCGCUUUAAUGUUGAAAUCCUGCAUAUUGUACAUAAGUUUUAAUAUAUUUUAAUGCCCUUUUCAAAGAAACAAGUAAAAGGACAAAAAAGAAAGCUGCAGUAUCCCUUUUUUCUUGGGUUGUAUGUUGUAAAUACAAUCGUCUGACUGUUUUGUGAAAGUGAAACGUGUGCUUUUUUCCGUCCUGUUUGGUUAUUUUGCUACGCUCCCAAAAGAUGCAGCCCUUGUUCAGAACAGAUGUUCAUACAAAUCCAGUGCACAUUUCAUCAUGGGCAUCCGCAGUGGCUCAGUCGAGUUUGGGUUAUUACAUCAUCAUAUCAACGUUAUAAUCACAUUCAGAAUGUCUGUCUAUCCAGCAUACCAAAAAAAAAAGAAUGCUCAUCAUUGCCUUGCUUUGAUUUGAAGUUUGCAGCCCCAAAAUAUUUCAUCAAAGUGCUUAUUUCGCCAUCCGUCGAGCUUGAAUGCAUGUGGUCUUGAAUAAAACUCUCUUAUCAGGGGGAACUGUCAUUUUAAGAGUGGUGCUAUUAAAGUUUGAUGUCACAUCCUGGUUGCGUGAUGAUGUCAUAGUGGAGUUCUGUCAUUGGCCUUGUGUCUGUACCAAAGGACUGUUGCCUCAAACUGCAGGGUCCAAUCACAACAACCCAUUGUCAUGUGACAUCUCGAGACCUCGGCUACGGUGUCAUCUCAUUGGUUCUUACGAUGCUGGUUUCGUCGCUCAUUAUCAUUCCGUUCUGGACUGGCGGAUGGAUCUGACUUUAGCAAUGACACACACAUAUAGUUUAACCUAUAACAGGGCUUCACUGCUGACAAUACUAAUGUUUUCUACAGGUUUCUUGGUAUGUUCAUGUAAUGUGUUGUAUACUGUGGCAAACACUUCUUUUCCCAUUUCUUUCCGAUGACCUGAAUCCACGUGCUACGUGUGUGUUAACGGUGACUGGCUUCAGUCGGGAUUCUGUGAGAAAGCAUACUGUAGCAUUAACUAAAAAGAAACAAUGUUGCACUGAUCAAUAUAUUUGAUGAAGUUUAUGUGUUUAUAGCAUUCAUUUGUACAAAAGACAACGGAAAUGAAAAAAGACAGUGUUCAUUUUUUUUAAUAUAGUUUCAGAAUAUGUAAUACGAUUCUGAAAUGGUCAAUUAUCGAGAUGUUUUCAUUAUUGAAAAAGGUAUACAGAUUUCCUAUAGUAAAGUUCCCAUUUACCUGACCCGAUUAUCUUUUCGUUUUUGUACUGUCGUUUAAAUUUUGUGCUGAUUUUCUUUUUUUUUUCUUUUUUUACGAGAAGAUGCGGAAGCAAAGAAAAAUCUUUUAUUUUCAAUACUGCCUCUGUAAUUUGCUGUUGUAGGAAGGAAAAAAAUGAAUAAAAACAGCAAGGCCUUAAAAUGGAUUUCAAUGUUUUGUAUUUGAACAUCUGCAUCACAAGAGAAAAAACUGUCUCUGAUCAAAUCAGAUCAACUGACAUUCCAAAGAUUCAGCUCCAAUAAAUGUUUCUGAAACUA